GAACGUGGGAGGUGGUGCCAUUGAUCUCGAAACUUUCUCGCAGGGAAGACUGCGCGUUGUACUACGUUCUAUCAACCGACGCUUCAAAGUUUCGCUCGCUGCCUUUUAUUGAGGUCCAAGUUACUUCUCUUUGAACAACUAACGACUUGAGCCUGACGGAAAUCUCGCUCGCUGUCACACCGCUGUUUGUGAGCUUUUCUAAGACCUGAUUACGUAUUCAUCAAUCGCUCUUCCACGAGCAGCAGUUCACCUGUACAUUCAGUUCGAGAGCAAUUACUACUCCCAAGUGUUACCCUUGAAACUAAGUAAACGUAACAACGAUGGCAUCUCCACCUGUCAACGCUCAUGAAGUUGCAAUGACCGAGGACCUGUCAAGAUUCUGGUCAACCAUGUCGAGGAAAUUCGAGUGGGACAGGCCCCACCACCGGGCCUUCAACGUCUCCUCACAGGAUCCCUGGGAUAACCUCGUCGCUAAUGAGUCACAGCCCAGCGUCUCGCCGACCUUCCUGAAGAGAGACUCCAGGGAGCGGCAGGAGGAGCCAUUCCUGGGUGAGCUGAGCGAUGUCGAUCACUUAAAGUCGCACGACGACCUCCUGGAAGAAUGUGAGUUUAGGUCAAGUGAGACUGAUUGGGCAUCUAGCCUUGAAGAUUCCUUGCCUAAGGUUCAACAGACGCACCAGGAGAGGCAGGAGAGAGUGGUGCUGGAUGGGGCCCUGAUCGGAGAUAUCCCAACCAAAUAUGUUAUCAGUGGGCUUCAGAACCACGAACUCCCAGUCAUAGGCACUUACGUGGAUCCCUUGAUUGUGGCAGGAUUCAACUACAAUGUCAGGCCGGCCGAUUCCAGGAAACUCCUUUUCCAGGGACGAGCUCUAAGACUGGUAUCCAUCAGCAAAGGUUACGGCAAGCGCAUAACCUUUGCGAGCGACUCCCACAAUGAGAACAGCAAUUAUUUCUACUCUGACACAAACCCCGAGGGAUUUGGGUUCUCCAUUAAACUGGUUCAGGAGGAUGAGAAAUUCACCCUGCGGGAUGCCAAUGACACACCUGUAGCAACAGCUGAAGUUGCCAAACUUGUCGGCCCUCAUAAGGAAAUAGGCCAACGCUUCUUGGAGGACAACAGUGUGGAGAAGAGAGCGCGAGUAUCAAUGGUGUGCAAAGUCCAUUACUUCCAUCUUUCCCACGCAGAACCUAAAUUAAUCCUCAUCACUGGUGAAGCGGUUUCCAUCAAGCCUCAAAAGCCUGGCUCUCCAGCUGUUCUCAAGAGAGUCAUCAAGUGCAAUGUUGGCGGCGAGAGAGGCUUGACACUGGAGGCUGGAGUCGACAACUCAACCAUCACUGUGGUCAACGGGCAGAAGACUGGGGAUAUUCCACUGCAGUAUUCUAUCACAGGACUCCAGCCUUACGAACUUCCUGUGGUGGGCACAUAUGUCGACCCGAGCAUCCUCACCGGGUUCAGAUACCGCGUCCGUCCUGUGGAUAGCAAGAAACAUCUCUUCGGAGCUCGUGCCCUGACCCUGCAGUCCAUCGGCAGAGGGUAUGGCAAGAGGCUGACCUUCUCUGGGGACAAAAUGAACCAGAAUGAGAAUUACUUCUGGAGUGACACAAACCCUGAAGGUUACGGAUUCUCAAUUCAGGCAGUGGCACCUGGAGAUGCUUUCAGAAUCAUGAGCUCCUCAGGAGAAGACUUAGGGCGUGCCCAGGUCUUCAGAGCAGACGCCCCACAGGUGGAGGAGAAAACAGAGGUGUCGGCGGCCGACGGAAAGGUCACCAAGAGAGUGAGAGUGACAGUCACUUGCGAUGUUUCCUUCCACGAAGAGGAUGACCAAACUGUCAUCGUCACAGGAACCGCAGUUGUGGUCAGAAAGGGCAGGACUGCUCAAGUGCAGCGACUGGAAGAUGUGGCCGUCAGCUCCAAAAUCAACCUCAUUUUCGCACACGACACCGAAACGCUCAUAUUUGUCCGAGAAUAAUUCUUCUGCCGUAUCUUUUCUGCUCACUGAAUUGAUGCGAUAUUCUUUCAGCUACACUUCAAAGAGGAACUGAGAGAAGUGCUGCGAAUUUCUUCUCAGUUCUGUGAAUAUGCUGUCAAAUAUUGCUAUAAAAUGUCUCGUGAACGACGAGUUGCAUCAAGGCACAUUCCAGCUCUUGUGGUGAGAGCGCUACGCUAAGCCACUCGUAUCUGACAACAUCUUGAAUGAUAAUGGUCUGCUCGCAAAAACCAACCUUACUGAAGCUUAAUCUUUUAUUACCAAGCCCGACAGCCUACCCAAUGAACGCCUUACAAAUCUUCCCACUGUCUGUGCUUCAUUUGUAGAGCUUACUGCAGACGCUUCAGUUUAUUUCUCGACUGACCGAACAAAUUUACCGUAGUGCAUAGCAGCACCAAUUUGCAAAUUAUGCAAAAAAAAAUGUAUUAUGAAUAUAAUUUGCAAACAACGUUUCAGUAUGAAGCUGUAAGUAUGUCUGCGUACAAAUGUUUGCCCAUAUUUUCUUAUUUUAGUGCAUCCUAAGUCACUGAAAUGUAUUACCAAAACCUGGCUGCUAUUCUCGAUGAAAAAGUCGCCCUCAGGAACUUGUGUAAGAUACGGUUUUCCUCUCAACAUGGGGACGACGAUUCCCUGAUACGACAAUGGUUGACAAUUGUUUAGGAGGGUCAAUCCCCCACAUCCUGAAUUUUUUUUUUUUAUUAUUAUUAUUAUUAAAACAAAACACACACUAAAUUCUCAAAAGAAAAUGUUGCUAUAAUGGAAAUGAAUGAAUGAUAAGCUUUCAAUAUAUUUUUAUAGUAUGUAUCUAUAUUCCCUGAAAUAAUUAUUUUCUAUCGGAAUCCUUUUCACGAAAGCCAUUCACAUAAACGGGACUAUGUAUCGGCCUUAUAGUCAGUAACUACUAUAGCACAGGCUACCUAAGUAUGUAUUCAUAAGGAGAGCUACCUAUGUAUUUAUAAGGAACAAUAAUGACAUUGUUGAAUAAAUUAUUUAGCUUACAAAUAAAUUAUUUGUUCUAUA